AUGGGCUUCACCAACAUCUUACUGUCGGUGCUGGCAGCCACCAGCAUCUUCAUCGCCACCACGUCCGCGGCGCCAUUCGACAAGGAGUACGUUCCCGUCGUCAAGUCCGCCAUCGACCCAGACUCUGAUAUCAACUUCGCCGCAAUCCCGUGCAACAAGUCCAAUGACCCAACAGCUACAGCCUGCAUGCGUUUCGAAAUUGAGUGGAAGUAUGAUGUCGAUUUCUGCGCCGCCCUCGUCGAGCGAGCGAUAAGAUUACUGCACUACCAGCGCUUCGGUCCUUUCACCUUCACAUGCGACGGCGACGAUGAUGGCAACACCCUCGUUGAGCUGAAGCCAAUCGACGAGGCACACCCUCACUGCGACAAGCGUGCCCGCGAUGACCCUCCCAUGGUUGGCGGUGCCGGUAUGGAGUGCCUUCAUGGCCGCCCUGAUGAUUACUACGUUGUGCACGAGGAUGAUUCGGGUGCCAUUCAAGCACUCCUUGCCGACAACAACCAGAAGCGCGAACUCGAAGCACAAGCACCGUUGGCUCAAACAGACGACCUCCGUGACCACCCCGAGGUCCUCGACGACAUUGAACCCAACACCCAGUCCUGCAAGUCUUGGCCACUCAACGCUGCCUACAGCUCGUACGUUAUCCAGAUCGGUACUAACUGGAACCCGGGGAUCUGCGAUCCUCUAUUCGAGAAAAUCAACGCUCACCGAGACCAAGGCGUCGACGCAGAAUGGAAAUGCCAGUCAGACUGGACCGGUCAUAUUCUGAUAAGCUUCAACACCGCUGGCAGCGACGCUGAGGCUCGAGCCUUAAACAGCGACCUAUCCUGGUUCUUUCCAUCAAUCAACGGGUUCAACUGCGAGGUCUCUGUCCACCAGCAGCCCGUUGACCAGGGUGGCCCACCUGUCGGCAAGCAUGAAAUGCACCGCCGUGACGUGCCCGAAGACGCCGUUGAUCCCAACACACAAUCCUGCAGAUCUUGGAAAAUCGACGCUGCAUUCAGCUGGUACCUCAUCAACAUCGGUGCCAACUGGAACCCAGCAAUCUGCGAUCCUCUCUUCAAGAGACUUAAUGUCCACCGCGAUCAAGGCACCGACGCAAACUGGUCAUGUCAGCCUGAUUGGUCCGGUGGCAUUCUAAUAAGCUUCAAUACCUCCAACAGCGAUGCUGAGGCUCAAGCCAUCAACAGCGACCUGUCUUAUGUCUUUCCAUCAAUCGACGGUGGGUUCAACUGCGGGGCCUCUACCUUCCGUUGGCCCCCUGACUCCGGUGUUCUACAUUUCGGCGAGCAGGAGAAGCAACUUCAGAAGCGUCGAUUUGGUGGCCCACGUCACCCCAUCCCAGUCAACGAUGUGUUGCAGCGAGCCGUCGCCAAAAAGGACCAGAUCAGUGACGAGACCCCGAAGCAGGUUGAGAAGCGUCAAACUUACUACCCAGACGGACCGCUCGAGCCCCAAACUCAGGCCUGCCACACUGUCAACCAUGGCUUUUACAACUGGUAUCUCAUCUCAAUCGGCUGGCCCAUUGACGAGGACCGAUGCAGAGACGCAGGUGCCGCGAUGGACGCUGCUUGGAUCGGUUUCAACGAGUAUAGGUGUUUCGAGGACAUCUACGGCAAUACGCGUAUCACCUUCGAAAUGACGAUCAACAAAGGCGGUAACAUCAACAACUUCCUCCACGAGUACUGGCCUGAGGUCAAUGGCUUCAACUGCCCGGACAACUAG